CAGCGAGAACCAGUCAAAAAAUCACAUCUCUCGGUACUCCAUGCAGAGUUGGAUCUCUCCGACACAAAUGGACUGGACUGUUGUAUCGCCGCCGCAGCCGACCUCAUGUUAUACAGUCAACUUAGAGCUGGAGAGAUUCUUCCAACAAAUUCAUCAUUCUCCCGAUACAACACCAAGUUCAUGCCCAAGAUCUCCGACCUCAGCAAAACCAACGCUGCUGGUUCGAAGAGACUCUUCCUUCCGAGAACUAAAACCAGCCAAAUGAGAGGU